AUGGAGCAGUACACCACUGCCACCACUACGACGGGGGAGCAGAUAGUAGUGCAGACCGCCAACGGCCAGAUCCAACAGCAGGCACAGGGCACAGUGACGGCUGUGCAGCUGCAAACAGAAGCGCCCGUGGUCACGGCCUCUGGCCAGCAGGUGCAGACACUCCAGGUUCAGGGUCAGCCCCUGAUGGUCCAGGUGAGCGGAGGACAGCUCAUCACUUCUUCUGGGCAACCGAUCAUGGUGCAAGCCAUGUCAGGGGGUCAGGGGCAAACCAUAAUGCAGGUUCCUGUGUCCGGAGCUCAAGGACUACAGCAGAUCCAGCUGGUGCAGCCCGGUCAGAUCCAGCUACAAGGGGGGCAGACGCUUCAGCUCCAGGGUCAGCAAGGUCAACCCCAGCAAAUCAUCAUCCAGCAGCCACAAACGGCCAUCACCGCCGGACAAAACCAGGGGCAGCAGAUCAGCGUGCAGGGCCAACAGGUGGCCCAGACGGCUGACGGGCAGACCAUCGUCUACCAGCCUGUCAACGCAGAUGGUUCCGUCCUCCAGCAGGGUGCGUCCGGAAUGAUCACAAUUCCAGCUGCCAGCUUGGCAGGAGCCCAAAUUGUACAGGCAGGGGGAGCCAACACCAACACCACCAACAGCGGCCAAGGCACUGUGACCGUCACCCUGCCCGUCUCCGGUAACAUGGUCAAUCCAGGUGGAAUGGUCAUGGUAAGACCCUGUGCAGAGAUGGUGCCAGGAGGUGGCGGAGUUCCCACAAUGCAGCGUAUCCCACUUCCAGGGGCUGAGAUGCUGGAGGAGGAGCCUCUGUAUGUCAAUGCCAAACAGUACCACCGCAUCCUGAAACGAAGACAAGCCCGGGCCAAACUGGAAGCCGAGGGCAAGAUCCCCAAAGAGAGGAGGAAAUACCUACACGAGUCUCGCCACCGCCACGCAAUGCAGCGUAAGCGAGGAGACGGAGGACGCUUCUUCUCCCCGAAGGAAAAAGAGGAAGCCGCUUUGGCCUUGGCGCAGCAGCAGCAGGAACUGGCCCAGAGCACAGCAGACGACACAGUGGCUCAGAUGAUCAGAGUCUCAUAG